CAUCAGCAGCAGCAGAAGCAGAAGCAGCACCAGCUCAGAAGAAGCCCAUCCCCUAGCGUCCGUCCCGGGAAUGUACCCCGUAUGCGCAUGGGCGGAGAAACUGCCGCUGUGCGCUGUUAUUAUUGUAAGAGUAAUUUCUUUUUUACGAAAAUGGCGUCCAGUCAGGGAGGUGUGGGAGCUGUCACGGCUCUACAAAGCCAUCACUGCCCCAGUGGACCCCACUGGAGCCCGGGCAUCAGCCAGUACCAGCAGCCGCAGCAGCAGCAGCACCACACGGCCCGCAGCCUGGAUCGGGCUCUGGAGGAUGCGGUCUGCUCCGGGAUUGUCAACCUGAGCGGAAGGAAGCUGAGGGAGUACCCGGGGAUGAGCUACGAUCUGACGGAUACAACACAAGCAGAUUUGUCCAAGAAUCGCCUCACAGAAAUCCCUCCCGAGGUGUGUCUGUUCGCCCCCCUCGAGUCGCUCAACCUCUAUCAUAACUGCAUCAAGUGCGUCCCAGAAGCCAUUAUCAACCUGCAGAUGCUGACUUAUCUUGACAUCAGCCGAAACCUCCUGUCAGUUCUGCCAAAGUACUUGUUCAGCCUCCCCCUCAAAGUUCUGCUUGUGAGCAACAACAAGCUGGUGUCCAUCCCAGAGGAGAUCGGGAAGGCCAAAGAGUUGAUGGAGCUGGAUGUAAGCUGCAAUGAGAUCCAGGUGCUGCCAGUGCAGAUUGGGAGGCUUCACGCCUUACGAGAACUCAACAUCAGGAAGAACUGUCUCCACAUGCUGCCUGAGGAGCUGGCUGACCUGCCUCUCAUCCGUCUUGACUUCUCCUGCAAUAAGAUCACAGAGAUUCCUGCAGCCUACAGGAAACUCCGACAGCUGCAGCACAUCAUCCUUGACAACAAUCCUAUGCAGUCUCCUCCCGCACAGAUUUGUCUCAAGGGCAAGGUGCACAUAUUCAAAUACUUAAACAUCCAGGCCUGUAGGAUGGACAAGAAGCCAGACACACUGGACCUCCCCUCCCUCGGCAAGCGCUGCCUUCCACAGCCACUGACAGAUAGCAUGGAAGAUUUUUAUCCCAGUAAAAACCACGGGCCUGACUCUGGAAUUGGUAGUGACAAUGGCGACAAGAGGCUGUCUACGACUGAGCCUUCAGAUGACGACACAGUCAGCCUGCACUCCCAAGUUUCAGAGACAGCUCGUGCCGACGCCCUCUCUCUCCUCUCCAAAAUGGACUCUUGCAAAGAUCAGGAUCUCUAUGACUUUAUAGAGCCAAACCCGGACGACGAUCCUGCUCUGUCAGAGUGUGAUGGGCAACAGAGCACUCAUGUGUCUUGUAUAAAGGUACAAAGCAGACUGUUUGAACUGGAGAAAGUUCUUAACAUGUCUCACCAAAGCAAAGAUAAAGACAGCUGGAAAGAAGAGUCUGGCUCAGACAAGGAGCAGCUAGUUGAGGAAGAGGAUGAUGAGCUGAAAGAAGUGCUAGACCUGAGGAAGAUUGCAGUUCAGCUUUUGCAGCAGGAGCAGCAGAACAGGCGGCGGUCCUUAAUUUGCAGAGCAGAGAGUCUCAUCCACCGACGGAGAGUGACCGGCAGAGCACACAGGUUCUUGAGUCACUCUGGAAGCUCCAGCAGCAAACCGAGGCCCCCACCUCAGACUGCCCGCAGUGCUUCUCUGGAUGAAGGAAGCAGUGAAGCAUCUGUACUAAGUGGACAGCCCUCUUCUUCCUGCUCCUUCGAUGGCAGCCUGAAAACAGAUAACUCAGACUCAGAACCAAAUUGGCCUGAAAUCCCACCUGUCCUCAACCAGAACGAAGAUCGCAGGAGGAACAAGUACCUGAGAAAAGACUAUCUCAAGUACAAGUGUCAAAGUGCCAGGAAAAACUCCAGUGGGAACGACGCCUGUGAGGAGGGCUUGCGCAGCAGUGAUUUCAGCACCACCCUGACUGUGUUUGGACUCAAGCCACGGUCAGCCUUCACAAGAGGAAGCCGCCAGGAGUACAACUCCACAGACCCCAGUUUCACUAUGAGGAGGAAGAUGGAACACUUGAGAGAGGAAAUGGAGCAGAUAGGACUUUUACGGCAGAACAUUGAGUCCAGACUGAAGGUGCUGCUCCCAGAGGAUGUUGGAGCCGCUCUGAUGGAUGGUGUCGUCCUUUCCCAUUUAGCCAAUCACAUUUGUCCUCGGUCUGUCUCCAGCAUCCAUGUUCCAUCUCCUGCAGUGCCAAAGCUUAGCAUGGCUAAAUGUCGCAGGAAUGUGGAGAACUUCUUGGAUGCAUGUAAGAAGCUGGGAGUCACACAGGACAAGCUGUGUCUGCCUCAUCACAUCCUAGAGGAGCGUGGUUUGGUAAAGGUGGGCAUUACGGUCCAGGCUCUGCUGGAUCUGCCCUCAUCAAAGCCCUCACAGCUCUCGGCUGUGUGACUCAAGCCUGAAUGUUGCGCCCAACCUUAAGUCAUCUAACCAAGCCCAGCUCAAACCACGCUUGUACCCCCCUCAUCAACAGGGACCAGAGAGCCCUAUCUGGGCGAGGACCUGGUGGACUGCGGGUCUUAUUUUGCCUGACUGAAACAGGAGACAAGUGGGAGAAAAACCUCUGUCUCCGUAUAUGAUGUCAGCUGCUGCCUACUUCCUCUCCAUCAUAUUGUCAUCUGUGACUGUUCCUAGUUUCUGGGCUCUUCCUGUAUGUGUGUGGACUGGCAACAGGACUGUGUGUUUGGAGAGACAGACACAAUGAAGAGUCUGUUGGAAGACCCGCACAUCCCUGUUAACAUGCUCAGUGAUUAUUGAGCCAGUGCCAGUACUGACAAUAUUUCCAAGCUGGUGUUGGAGAUAUUGCCAGUGAGGAGAUGACAGACAUGUGACUCAAUCCUUUUCCACUGAAGAGACCUCAGCUGCACUCUGACUUUGCAGCCAACACCUGACUGUGACCUUAGAGGUUCUUACACUGUUGGACUUUAUCUUUGUGAUAUUGUUUUUGUUUUUCCAGGAAAAAAGUAACUUUUGGAUUUCUAGAUGUUCUUUUUUUUUGUCUUGCAGACUUAUUUUCAAAGUAUCUCAUUUUUAAGGAUGACUGCAAGGCUUUUAACUGGAAAGCCUAAUUCGUUUUCAGUCAUGCUACAAUUGACGUCCUGAAGUGUUUCAGAAAACUCUGAGUGGUCUUCACAUCUGAGUACAGUGCAAAUCAUUAGUAACGUGACAUUGAACCACUGUGAAAACAUUUGCUCAACUGUGGCAAAAUAGACGCCCCUGUUUUGUUGCAUUUCUUCACUUCACAGUUGAGGUUUUUGUUCAUGAAAGUUGAUCUAUCCUUUGUAAAGCUUUUAUACUUCCUCUGCAAACCGUCACCUACCAUUUUUAAGGUUUUAGGAGAAUUGGUUUGCCAUAUUUUUAAUGUCAGUGCAGUUUGGAUUUUAGAACAUAACCUCAGAUGAAACAUUUAUAUCCUGCUUGUUGUUUGGUCCUCUGGAUCAGAGAGGGGUUGAGUUCUGCAUAGAGACUGCACUCCUGCAAACCUUCCUCACAUGAAUGACUGUCUCUUCCUGCCAGGUCACUGUGCAGUGUGUUGUUUCUGAAUCAUCUCAUUAUUUCAGGGAAAUUGAAUUAUUUAUGUAUUUAUUUAUAUGCUUCAUAUUUAUUUGUUGAUUCUGUAUGCCUGUUGCUGUAACCUUGCAGUUGAACUUGUGACAAGUUCCCUCAGUGACUCGGAUAUGAUUGCUAUUCAGCACUGAUGAUGAGUGAUGACUGACAUUGGUCACACUGGGAUUUAAAACGAGCUGAGACAGGUGGAGCAUGAAUAUCACUAAGCUGGAGAUGAAAUACAGUCAUGUAUCAGAUGAGCUGACAACAGGGAGCAUUUAUUUGCUAUACUCUUUGACAUAAAUAUUUUGGAAUUUUUGAUUGAGUCCUUCAUCAAGGGAUAAGGUAAAGCAGGAAAGUACAAGCCCUCUUGUCAGGGUGUUUGUUUUAGCGUUGAUUUUCUGGAAAUAGAUCUUCCCAACACAGCUGUGGUGCACCAGCCCUUUUGAAAUUACAAAUCCAACAUCACAAUCGCAGACAAUGAAAGAAUGUUCAUCAAUGUCAGAUGUCGACUUAGCUUUUGUUGAUGUGAUCUAAACAUCUUUAAUCCUGUCCUUAUUGGAUUGAUGUGUUUUUUGCUUGUUGACUUAAAGUACCAGACAACAGAAUGAAACUGAAAAAGAAAUCAGAAAAUAUAAGCCUUCCUUUUUUUUAGCGCUAAAACAUAAUCAUUUCAGGAACUGUAAUAAGGAUAGAAAUACGUGUGAAUAAAACAAGCAGUUAAUAUUGAACAUGGACAAGAAAUAUGUUGUUCAUUAAGAUGGACAUUUGAAAAGCAGCUGAAGACUUAAAUUGAUAUGACAUCCUUCAGUUAGCUCCUAAGUUUGUUCGUGUAAAAGUCACAGCCUGAAGAUGACUGCUGCAAUGAUGAGAAACAUCACUGUAACACUUUCAGAUGUAACACCUUUGACCUUUGUUAAAUAAGGUGCAUUUAUUAAACUAUUACAUGUUUGAAUGCACCUUAUGAAUCCAGUCAUUCUAGAUGAAGAAUUCCACUUUCCUUUGCCUGUGUUUUUUUGGAUUUGCAUUUCAUUGCACAGUCAUAAUUCAACAUCAGUGUCAUGCGUGCAGUUCAGAUAACAAAAACCUGGCUCAUUUGCAUCAUCUGCAUCACAGUAACAGUGAUGUCCUGUAUUGAAUAGUUUUCCUGAGAACCUGAUUUUCCUCUGGAUUGGUUGUACUAUCAGGUUUCAUGCUAUCGUUUUCCAAAGAAGAGAUGCAAAAGAAAAGACUUUAAUAACCUUGUUGAGUCUUUCAGUUUAUUAGUAGACACACGUCAUAGUCACAGUCACAGUCACAAACUUCACAGAGUCUCUAAGUGAGCUUUUUUUCCAUGCAGAAGUUCCUUUGCAUUUCUUUUAAUAGAUUACCAGGUAUUGUCUCCCUCAAAAAUAAUUGGAAAUACUCCUAUCACCAUUUUUUCUUCUGCUGCUGCAGAUAGGAUCAGAUGAAGAAAUACCCACAGUAAAUAAAUGCUACGAUAUUAAGUCUGCGACACAAGCAGGUGCAAAAAAAACCUCACAAUUAUUUUACCUCAGCCCAAAGUGCUCCACAAAUGAAGGCCAGAAAAUAACAGCAAUAUUUAAAGACUGGAACAAUAAUAAAAGACGUCAACAACCGUAGCAAACAGCGCUGUGUUGGCGUAACAGAAUCUGGCUGGCUGUAUCACAAAACAGAGGAGGUAUCAGUGAAGGAUUGUGACUCUAGAAGACACCAGAAAGUCUUAUCCUGAGGCAUAAUAAUGAUGUGUGGUUUCUGCUGUUGUUUUAAACUGACUUUAACUUUCAGAUUUUUCAAAAAAGGCAAUGGCAGAACCUGCGCACAUAAAUGUAGCGGUUGGAGUUCUGAGUUUACUGGCUGAUAAAGUACCCUGAUUCCCCUUUGGUCAAGAUCCAGAAGCUAUUCUUUAUUACACAGCUGUAGGUGCUGAAGUAAAUGCUUGACAUGACUUCCACUUAUGUUUUUAUCUGGGAUUAUGUUCAUGUUAACACGCAAUGCAUGCCUGAGCAUCUCCCAUAUUUGUACCAUUGAAUUUUAUACACCUUUGUUUCCUUUAUUUAUAUUGCGUGCAACAUGUGUAGCUUCUUUGAAUGUUGUUCUACUCAUGAAUUCAACCACAUGCUGGUACAUGGAUAAUGACACCUCACCAGGAAGUGUUGGUUUCUUUUUCUUCUCUGGUAGUGUGCUCCCUAAGGUGAUGGGAUGAGUCAUUCAAAACAACUCUCUACUGUUUGCUCUUUGUAUGCAGUGUUUCUGUGUUCUCAUAUGUCACCACAAUGAUGCCUUAUUCUUAUGUUACCUGCAAACCCAACUCUACCUUUCCCUUUCAUUGUCUUACUCUUAAUCAAGCAAGUGCCAAAUACUGAAGUCUUUCUUCCAUCACAGCUGCAAAAGCAUCGCUAUGACAACUAUCAGCACUGUGGACUGUUAACCCAUUGAUCUCGUAGCAUGAAGCUUAAAUGCGGAAACUUCACUCUGGCAUUGUCCCUAAUGUUAUCAAGAGUAUUCUGUAGAGCCCAUGAAGCCUCACAUAGCGGAUCAUUUUGAUCCUGUGCACACACGGUAUGAUCUUGUGCGCACAACUUGUUUGGGAAGCGGUUAUGGUAGCUGUCUUGCAAUGUGUGAUGAACUAGACAUAAGCAUAAACUUUUGGAUCCAACAUGCUGUUUAGUAAUCUAGUAGAAAUAGAAACAAUAGGCCUCUUACAUGUUUUUAGACAUAAAAAGUUAAGACUGCUUGAACACAGAAAGCAAUAAUUUGGCUAACUGUGAGAAAGCGAUGCUACACCUACAAGAUUAAUACUGAAGCUAUGAACUAGCUCAUAAACCAUAAUGUGGUACCCAGCUGUAAGCGAGUUGGAUAAAAGCCCGCCCAAGCAGCAACCUCCGGUCUUAGAAUAUGAAGCCCAUGCAGAAGUGCUAAAAACUGCAGUUCAUCUAGCACCCGCUUGAGGCUGGCUGCAGAAACACCCGAAACCACAUACACAUCCAUACAAAAAAGAUGAUCUUUGCAGCAUUAAUAAACAUAUUUACAGCCUGGUUCAAAAAAAGGUUUAGGUCUGAGUAGCUAAUUUCUCUAUCGGCACACACUGUAUGGGGGACGAUUUUUUAUAUAACUCAGUAUUUACAAAGAUAUUAAACUCAUGAGUUUUGCCCAAAUAAGGAUGGCUGACUUGAUUGACAGGUGGGCACCCUGUAGCUUUUGGUGAAAAGUCUAAAGGCCUGCCUCUAUACCUCACACUAGUUCGGACAAAGUUUGUAUGUGUGAAGCAUUUCCAAUAUGGCACCGGCCGACGAUUGGCUUCAACACAGCGCUUCAGGAACAGAUGGGUGAUGUCACUGAUACUGCAUCCAUUUUUUUACAGUCUAUGGGCCCGUCUAAACUCCUUUCCUCAUGCCAGGUUGACAGAAAGUUAGGUUGAAUCAGCAUUUCCAAUUUGGCAGCCGCCGCCGACAGGCUUCAAAAUCCUGCUUCGGAAACAAAUUGAGUGACGUCACACUGACUAUGACCACGUGUUAUACAGUCUAUGAUCUUAACUAAAUUUAUUAUGAAUCAACACAACAAAGGGGAUCACCCUAGAACUAGCAGAGGGCGGUUAUGUUACACAAAUUAAUUGUCCCAGCAUAACACUCAUGGGAAUGCAUUAUUAACCAUACUCCCAUCAUCAAAGUAACAAAUUACUGGCAAAUAAUAGCAUUUAAUGACAAAUGAUGUAAGUUGAUUGUGCGCACAAGAUUAGCAUUUGCAUAUAAUAUCAACUAAUGUGACUUCAGGGGCUCUGUAGUUGUAAGGCUGUUUUUUAAGCCUGAAUGUUGGUAUUACAUAAAAUGAAACUGAAUGUGUAGCAGAGUUGACAGUAUUUGACCUUCGAACAGUAUCCAUGUGCUGAAUCUACAUCAGCACAGGUGACUGUGGCUGUAAUUAUUCCUCUUGUUCAUUCUAGCUACAAAGGCAUAUUUCUAAAAAUGCAAUUUCAGCCAAAAUUAAUAUAAAGCUUCAGCAGUCAAAGGCAGUCAAAUCAACUCGUCAAUCUACUGUUGAUCACUGUGUUUUCACAAAUAGUGCGUCUUUGUUGGCAGAGAGAAGUAAGACAGAGAGGGAAUAAAAAGCUUUUUUUUUAAUAUCCCCGAUUGAUUUAAGAUGGAAGAGGACUUGUUAUACAGAGGAGGUGUUUUUGUGUAGGGGGAGGACUGUAGAUAUCUUACACUUGAAUGCAAUCAAAGGAGAAUCUCAUUUGACCCUGUUUGAUCAAGUAAGGUUAUCAGAGCAAUUGUUCACUGUCAGCAUACACAUGGGUACGUGAGUGUGUCGAGCUUGAAAAUAUGAAACCUAUCCUCAAACAUUUACUCUGUUUGGACAUCAUACAGUUGAAGUUUGAUACUAUUGACCAAAGUUUAAUAGUGGCUUAACUUUAAACACAAAUGUGUGUGGGUUAUCAUCUUGCACAUAUGUCUUACAUCAGUUCUAAGGUUUUUAUAGUUUGGUUUAAUUGUUCGCGAGAGGUUUUUGUGUUGGAUGUUUUACGAGGCCUGGGUGCAAGUUUAAGCGUUUCUGAGGAAAAACAGCAAUGUUCUUCAUGUUUUGAGGUGGUAAUCCCUUUACAGCACAUCUGCAGCAAUACUCUUGAUCAUUCAGAAAUGACUGCAACCAGGAGAAGUCUUAAAGCUACUGUUGGUAGGAAUGGUGUAAAAAACGUUACUUUUUUCCUGCUGGGUUUGGAGAAAAGGUCAUAAUGCCCAUCGGUACUCAUCGGUAAGUGGAGUAAUUUGAGACUAUUGUGAAAUAUCUGCGUUUUCCAAUGCCUUUGUAUCAAGCAAUGUUAUUAUUCCCUUUGUUCCCGUUAUGACGGACCAAUCAUAGCUAAUCUCCAAUCCUCUGUCCUGAUUUAUUAAGGGGCGGCCCCUACUACGUCCAACGAUUGGUAAUGGCUGGCACUAUCAUGACUGCACACACCGAUCUGUGUUGGGGGGCGAAGAAGAAAUCUGGUUGGGAGGGGUCAUGUUGACAUUCAAAGUCCCUCUCUCUGAACAGAUGUUUACUCUAUGACUACCAACAGCAGCUUUAAUGCAACAUUGUUUUCUGCAGAUUCUGUAUAAGUUUUGAUCUAAAUUUUGCAAUAUGUCUGUGAUAAAUCACCUGAAGUUGUUUCCUGCAUUACUGCAUUAAAGGCUCAGUUGUAUGAUUUGAAUCUUGUUUUCUCACCCGAAGAGAAACAGUGAGUCAUGUCGGAAUAUCACACUGCCAAGAAAUUUCAAACUCAUGUAAAUAAGCUUUUUGUAUUUCAAAACAGGCCAAGUGCAUGCAAGAAUACUGAACGGCUGAAGCUGAACCUCUGUAAAUAUCAUCUGUAUAUACCCCAGGGAUUUCUUAAAAAAAGAAAAAAAACCAUCCUAAUAUGGAGAAUGUAAAAUAAAGUCAAAUUGUUUGCAUCUCA